UCGGAGUAUUUUCAGAUUUCAUUAGGUAUGCAUUAUACCAUUAUAUAUAAUUAUAUAUGUAAUAUUAUAUAUAUAUAUAUUAUAUUUAAAUAUAACUAUAUAUAUAUAUAUCAUGUUUGCUUCUGUGAACUUGCCCGCUGCUCGGUAUGAGGUGUCCGAAAGAGUGGAGUGCCACUUGCACCUUGCUCUUUUUGUUUGGGAGGCGAGAAGCAAAACACCCAAAAUGUCAAGAUGUAUAUUUGCCUGUUUCAUGACUAUAAGUGAUCACUCUUGCAGAUCAGCAACUUGUGGCUGAUGUUGCAUCAUCCAAUGGACCGUUGAUAUCCUGGCUUCAUGAAGCUGCUGCUGGUUUUCCUGGCCUCCCUGGCCACGAUAUUGCUGUUGGUUGGUGGAAUCUAUCAAAUGAAUCCCAUUUACUUGAAGUUCCUUGGCCAAACCAUGCAGAGCCUGCAGAGCCUGCAGAGCUGCACCAACUUCGGAGGAUGGGACAUUCCAAAACGACAGCCCUCCAAGUCAGAUAUCGAAUUCAGCCAGCAGCAACCGAUCCGCUGGUUGUCAACCCUGGUGGUUCCAGAUGCCAAGCUGAUCUUUUGUCCACAGUAUAAAGUGGGCACCAACGAGUUCUUGCGGCUUCUCCGGGUGCUCGAUGGUCAGGACUACAAUACUAUGGGGAGCAAGCAUUACAUUGUUGGGAAGAACAGCUUGAAGAUUGCCUACAAUCUGACAUUGUUGAGAGAAUUUCGACAUGAUGCUUUGCAGAUGAUGUUCGACUCAGAUUGGGCCAAGUUGGUUAUAGUCCGUGAUCCACUGGAUCGCUUACGCUCAGCUUAUUUCGAUAAGAUACGCAGGCGACAUCCUGACCAAAAAGUCUUUGCGAAAGCACUGAAUGUUCCAGUUCCAGUCCUGAGGAGCUUGACCUUUGCUGACUUUGUCAGAAGAGUCGAUGCUCAAAUGAAACGCAAUGUGACUAAUGUCCACUGGCAGAAGCAAGCACAAGCAUGCGGCUUAACGCAUUUCAAGAAGUGUUACCAAUAUGUGCUGCACAUGGGCCUCGACAAGAGCACCCACCCGGUUUUGCGUGAUUGUGUACUUCGGAUCAUGGGGAGCAGAGUGAGUAAAUCAAAGCUCUCCACGCUGCAAAACAUUGUUGUCUCUGACAAAAUAAAAAGCAAGCUACAUAAGCAUCAGACUGAUUCAAACUUCAAGAUCUUGGACGACAUCUAUGAUAUGGCCACUUGCAAGCGGGCUCUCCGAAUCUACGCAGAAGACUACGACCUUUUUUCGCUGCCUAGGCCUGCUUGUCAUGAGACUUCCCCUCGUGUAAGGUGGCCAGUAUAGAUGAAGCUCCUGCUUGUCCGCCAAGGUCUACGUAAAGAGAGGUCCACGACAACAGAGUCUACGUUGGUUCAAAUCUCAACUGACUCAACGCCCAGGGUUUUCAAUUUGUUUUUUAUUUUUGUUUAACCGAUGGACCUGCGCAUGGCUGCGCAUGCACAAGAUCAGAUUUUGGAGAUUAGAGAAAAAACA